AUGUCUAUGUAUACGUGUAACAGCUGUGAGCUGGUGUUUGAGACCAGUGCGUUCCAGAGACAGCACAUGAAGACGGACUGGCACCGUUACAACUUGAAGCGUAAAGUCGCUUCAUUGCCACCUGUCUCUGAGGACAACUUCAACUCGAAAGUCCAAGUAUCGCAAGAACAAGCUGCUGAGGAGGCCUUGAAGAAGGGUAAGAACGAGCAACUGACCAAAAAGGAGAUCAGAAGAAGAGAGAAGGAGGCUCUCUUGGAGAAGAAGAAGAAGCUAUUGGAAAUCGCCAGACAGAACAUGUUGGCGAAGAUGCAAGAACAAGGUCUGAGCCAACCAGAACCAACAAAGCAGGAACCUGUCGAGGACGUGAAGCCAGAGCCAAUAGUGGAAGAAGCCAAGAGCGAAGUAGUUAAAGAAGAGGAAGUCAAGGAAGAAGACCUUACUGAAGAAGAGCUGGCUGAGAGGUUGAUGAAGCAGAAGCUAGAGAAUAGAGUCGAGAUACCACUGAAUCAGUGUUUGUUCUGUACAAAGAAGAGAGAAUUUGAAGAUUUCGAGGCUAACUUGGAUCACAUGUUUAGAACUCACGGUUUCUACAUUCCUGAACAGAAGUAUCUGGUAGAUAAAGAAGGUUUGGUAAAGUAUAUGUCUGAAAAGAUCGGUCUUGGUAAUGUGUGCAUUGUAUGUAACUACCAAGGUAGAUCUCUAGACGCUGUGCGUGCACACAUGCUAGACAAGAGGCAUUGCAGGAUACCUUAUGAAUCUGAAGAUGAAAGACUAGAAAUAUCUGAAUUCUACGAUUUCUCCAAAACAUAUGAAAGAAUUGACAGAGCUAACAUUGUUAGUGCUGACAGUGCAAGUGCGAAUGAUGACGAGUGGGAGGAUGUAGAUGAGAAUGAGGAUGCCGAAGAGGAAGAAGGCGAACCACCCAAGGAGUAUUUGUACCAUGACGGUGUGGAACUUCAUUUGCCAUCUGGUGUAAAGGUUGGACACAGAUCGCUACAGCGUUACUUCAAGCAAGACCUAAGGCCUGAAAAGGAACUUUCUGAAGGCCAAGGAACAUUGGUUGCUGCUGAAACUAGAUCAUUCCUACCUCAAUUUGACAGAGGUACAGUUAGAGUACAACAGCGUGCUUGGAAGACAGAGGUUAGAGACAAGAAGCGUGACGACAAAAGAGCUGCAAAGUUUGUCAACAACCAACCUCAUUACAGAGACCAACUGUUACAAUAA